CGUGCCACACAAGCGGAAACCUCUCGAACUUCGAGCGGCAGCGCCGUCCGCAGUUUCGUUUUGUCUCCAAAUAGCAAAUAGUCAGACGCGCAGGAAAAUAUUGUCUUUCUACUAUUAAAGAAGCUUGUUCAGGAAAAACAAAGCUGCAAGUCAGAACACAGAAAGUGUAGAUACAAGGAUUAAAUGGAAAAGAAUUCACCUGUGCUUUUGAUGUGAGGUACUUAAGGGCAAAGGAUGGCUUUCUGGAGUGAGAUAGUGAAAUUGCAACAGUUCCUUCCUCGAUUCCAGGCAUUGUAUGCACAGCGAUUCCCCAUUGAGGUCCGGCACUACCUUGCUGAAUGGAUAGAACAGCAGCCAUGGAGUUCCAUUCACAUAAACCCUGCUAAUGAAAGUCUUGCUCGAAAUCUCUUGGAAACAAUGGUAUCUGAAUUACAGAAAGUGUCAAGUCGUAUGUCCUAUCCAGUGACAUGCAAGCUCAAUGAAUAUGCUGUUGCUCUCAAGAAAACAUUUGAUCAGCAGCCAUUAGAAUUAGUGAAUAUUAUGAACUGUCUCUUGAUGCGGGAAAAUCAAUUAUUCCAGGAACUUCAGCAAACUCAUGCUGGUGUACCAACUGUCACCUUACCAACUCAACCUGUUCUGAACACCAACAGUGAAAGGUUAAAGCAGGAAGAUGCAAAUGUGUUACAGCAGCUCUCUCUGCUGAAUGGCUUAAUCAAGACCAUUCAGAUGUACCGCAGUGCUAUUCAGCAAAUGAAUGAAACUCCUGAUCAGGAGCAGCAGCAGCAGCUGCCACAGUGUUACCAAUCUCAGCACCACCUACAGCAAGCAAAUAGUCCACUACCAGAAUACACCAAGAGGGAGGAGCAUGUAAACCAGCAGAAGACCACAUGGGACGAUCACAGAAGGAAGAGAAAUUACAGCAUCUUGGAAGCGGUGAGAUCUCUGGAACAGGUCCAGGGCCUUGUGCUGAAUAUGAUUCAGGACUGGAAACGACGACUACAGCUGUCAGGAAAUGGUGCCUACUUUGAGGACAACCUGGGGUCACUUCAGGAAUGGUGUGAUAAGCUUGCAGAAAUGAACUGUCAGAUUCAGCAAGAGCUUGGCCUGAUUAGUACACAGGAAGACAUUGCUAGUGACCAGAUAUCAGGAGUGCCUGAGAGACUCUCCUCUUUACUCAGUAACUUGGUCAGAAGUGCAUUCCUUGUGGAAAAGCAGCCUCCACAGGUACUAAAGACUCAAAGUAAGUUUUCUUCAACUGUUCGCUUUUUGCUUGGCUUGAAGUUAAAUGCCCCAACAAAGCCUCCUGUUGUGAAAGCCAUAAUCAUUACGGAGCAACAGGCCAGAGUUAUGAGACAGCAUGGGAGCAUACACAAUGAAAACACAGGAGAGAUCAUGAACAAUACCAGCUUAUUGGAGUUCAGCAAUGCCACAAAAACCACCAGUGCCAGCUUCAGGAGUAUGUCGUUAAAGAAAAUCAAACGGUCGGACCGCAGGGGGACCGAGUCAGUGACUGAGGAAAAAUUUGCUGUUCUGUUUUCUUCUGAACUCAGCAUCACAGGCAGUGAAGUGAAAUAUCACGUUCAGGCUAUAUCACUGCCGAUUGUCGUAAUUGUUCAUGGCAGUCAAGACAACAAUGCUACUGCUACAAUCUUGUGGGACAAUGCAUUCUCUGAGAUUGAGAGAUUGCCAUUCCACGUACCAGAUCGAGUGUCAUGGUCUCAAAUGUGCGAAACCCUCAAUAUGAAGUUUAUGGCAGAAGUACAGUCAACACAGGGCUUGUGCAAAGAGCAUUUUGUCUUCCUGGCACAGAAAAUCUUUGAUGAGCAGAGCUACAGCAUGGAGGACUUUACCAACCGUAUGGUCUCUUGGUCUCAGUUUAACAAGGAAAACCUCCCUGGAAGAACCUUUACGUUUUGGCAAUGGUUUGAUGGUGUGAUGGAGCUCACGAAGAAACAUCUGAAGGAUUACUGGAAUAAUGGGUUAAUUCUUGGUUUUGUAAGUAAGCAGUAUGCCAACAGACUGCUUAAUCAACGAGUAAAUGGGACCUUUUUGCUGCGUUUUAGUGACUCUGAGAUUGGAGGCAUUACAAUAGCAUGGAUUGAUGACACUGAGAAAGGUGGCAGACAGGUGUUCAAUGUUCAGCCUUUCACUACAAAGGAUUUAACUAUACGAUCGCUGGGAGAUCGUGUCCGAGAUAUUGAACGUUUGCUUCAUCUGUAUCCCAGCAGACCCAAAGAUGAAGCCUUCAAAAAGUACUACACAAAGGAAGUGAAGGGAAAAGAUGGGUAUCUCCAUGCUGGAGUAAAAACUACAGUGAAUGGCGAACAAGCACAAGUGGUGGCACAACCCAUGGUACCCUCACCAGUGUCACAGUCUUGUGUGGCGUGUACAAUGCCUGAAAUGCCAGGAUGGUCCCAGGUUCCAUGCAAUCCGGGUAACAUCAGCUACGAUAAGGGUGAUGUUGCAGUUAACGCUUCCAUUUCAUUACCUCCCAGUAUGAUUUUACCAACAAGCCAGAAUGAAGACUUUACGAACGCAGUUCAGGGCAACCAUCUCGUUACUUCAUUUGGAAGUGAGAAUGACAUGGACGUGAACUUUGAUGACGAUCAGCAGUUUGUAAGAGGUGUGGAAAACAUUCCGGUGCCCUCAGAGUUUGAGCUGAAUGCACUCCUGAAUACAGUGGAUAUGUCUCUAAUGAAUUCAACUGAGUUUUAAAAUGCCUGUGAGUUCCAGAACGAGGAUUCUCAAAUGCCAAGUUAUCCAGGUGGCUGUUUGUCACAAAAAGGAUUAAUUUUGUCAGUUGUGAACUCUGAAUUAAGAUUUCUGUUCACUUUUUUUUUGCAUUUUCCUGUACAAACUGAAAAUAAGAGCAAACCCAGUUUAACCAAUGUUAAUAGACAAUUUGCUUCUCUUUCCCAGUGAGGAAAGUAUCUACCUCUUGUGCCUGGUGUCAUAGAACUGUUAAUGCCACCUUCUCCAUUUCAACAGGAUUUUUGUGUGGAGAUGCUGAGUAGAGGACAGGCAAAUUUGUUCAUGGGCUGAAGCAGAGCAUGGGCGCCUUGGAUAUUUAAAAUGGAAAUGAAAUUGAACAUACAUUUUUGUUAGUAUAGGAAACUUGGUCGAGUCAAAUCUACUAAAAACCAAUAUAUUAAUGAAUUCUGUUAGAUGUCAGCUGAAUUUAGUCCAGAGGGUAGUAAACAAGUUUGUAAAACUGAAAAUUGACUCAAUGUAUUGAGAAGUUGUUGCAGGCUGAGAGCUUGAGAUCUGUUAAUUUUGUGGUCAAGUAGCUAACACAAGCUGAUGUGUUUUAUAAGUACUGAUGACUUAUGUUUGUGCAAAAAAAAUUGAAUUAAGUAGUGCAGAUAACACAACAAAGUGAAAAUGUAGUACUUGAUUGAAAUUAACAAGACAAUUCAAAGCAUUGCAAUUUUUCCUAACCUGAAAUAGUCCCCCGUCUAUUGACAAUUAUAUUGUAGCGCAAAUACGCAGUUUUUCAAAGUAAAUAUUGAAAGAAUAUAGUAGUGUUUGCAAUUAAUCAAAAAUCCAAAGUUUCGCAUUACCCUGUGUAUUUUUAAAAGUUAAUCAAGUAAAAUUGAGUGCACUAAAUUUACUGCCAAGCUAGUUUGGGAAGCAGUUAGUAGAAUGAGACGUUUAAGGAAAUCGUCUGCAGAAGAUUGAAGCAAUGACCUGGGUCCUUCUUACAGUGAUUUAUGAUUUCGAAUUUUGCAGGACCAGUGUUUUUAAGGAAAUCUAUUUAAGAGGUGAAGGUACCUUUUUUAAGAUCCGUGGUAGUAAAUGGAUCUUUCAGUAGAAUUAUGGCAAUAUUAUGUAAUGCACAUUCACUUUGCAGUGUUAUUCGAAUGGCUAAUGUUAAAAUUGGUACACCUGUAUUAGAAAUAUUUUCAAGUGUCCUAUUGGAACAGGCUCCACUGCAAGUUAGGAUCCUUUUAGAGACUUAAAGUGCCUCUCAACAGGCUUGAGGGUUAUCUUUGGGAAGGGUCUGACAGGGGGGCCUGAAACCAAAUUGACCAAGUGAACAGGUGAUGGUCAUAGGUUAAUGGAGGGAAGGUGUAAUCAGUGUGGUUGCAUUUUUGUGAAAGUUGAAAAAUAAAACUCUGACUAGAAAAAUAUGUACCUGGACACUGAUAACUAGCAUUUAAUGUCUAGUUUGUAACAGUGCAAAAAUAAUAAUUCAUGGAAUAAAGAGGACAAGAGUGACAUUGGAUACAGAAUUGACUGAGUAAUAGGAAAUGAUAAUGGUAAAUCCGUUUUUUUCAGACCAGAGAAAGGUUUGUACAAGAGGUCCCCUUGCUUGUCUUGAUGUAUAUAAGUGAUAUAGACCUUGGGGUACAAGGCACAAUUUCCAAAUGUGACCAUGAUACAGAACUUGAAAGCAUUGUAAACAAAGAUGAGGAUAAUGUAGCACUUCAAAAGGAUGUAGACAAAUUGGAAUGGAUGGACAAGUGGUCGAUGAAAUUCAAUGGCUGAGAAAUGUGAAGUGAUUUUUUCUUUUGUUUGUUUUACAUGGUGUCUUUGCAUUCGUUUUACCAAAGGAUCCAGUUCUGAAGGGAGUAUAGGAGCAGGUGGACCUGCGUGUGUAUGUGCAGAAGUUUUGGGAGAUGGGGUUUUUCAUCCAGUUCUAGGUGCCACACUUAAGGAGAGAUGUGAUGAUAUUAGGGAAAAGUGCAAAACAGUUUCUCCAAAUUUGUUCCAGGGAUGAGGAACUUGAUUUAACAUAGAUGGAUGGGAGAGGUUGGCAUUGGUUUUCCUUGGGGAAGAGAAGGUUGAGGAGCAGAUUUGAUAGAUGUAUUCGUAAUCAUGAGGGGCCUGGACAGAUUAAAUAGGGAAAAAACAUUCCCACGUUUGAAAGGAGUGAGAACCAGAGAGCUUAGAAUGAAGGUAACUAGCAAGAGGAGCAAUGGCGGUGUGAGAAACCUUUUCACAUAGUGAACAAUUAGGAUCUGAAAUGUAUUUCCUGUGUGUGGGGGGAGGCAGGUUCCAUCAGGCACUCGAGGAAAUUGAAUUGUUUUCUGAAAAAGAAGGAUAUACGGGGUUAUGAGGAGGAGCUAUGAAAAUGGCACUACAUAAAUGUGUCCUUCAGAGAACCGCCACAGACACAGUGGGCCAAAAGGCUGCUUGUGUUGUAAUAAUUCAAUAAAUAAGUUGUUUGGUUAAUGUAAUUUACGCACAAAUUGGAGCAAAAGGAAAAAUCGAUUAUGAAAUUAUAAAUGGCUCAUCAAUAUCACUCCAAUACAGUGUAUAUUCUAGUCUACUCUACCAUAUACUCUACCUGCCCGUUUAAUCUUAUUUCACACACCAUGUACACUCUAACCCGACAAAGGCUCACCCUCGAGAUUAAAUGGGUAGGUAAUAUUCUGUAUAAAUUCUUACUCAUCCCCAAAGGUAAUCCAAUCCAGAAUAGACAUCUAUUUUUAACAUUUUAGUGAUUGAAACUUGGCUUGCUGUCCUCCAUGAUCUCUCCCCUUAGUUGCCUUACUCCAUAUAAACAGAGUCUGAUGCAAAAGCAUGAUCUGUAAAUGUUUCUAUUUGUGUUGUUACAUUAGCUCUUAUGAGUUAGUCUGUUUCAGUUUUGCUUUCUGGGAUACUUGCCUUCUUUAGACUUCAUGGAAGUAAUUCCUUGGUUUGACUUUUUUUUCCCUCUCAAGAUAUAGUAUUACGGAUUUUGAAAUUCACUGUAUAUAUGAAAUUAUAAUCCGAAAUGGAACUUCGUAGAGCUUAACUUUAAAAGUCAUAAACUAGGUGCUUUUUCACUUUAUUAUUAAUGCAGUUUGACUGUAACUCAUUCUGUUAUGUUUUUUCCAUUUCCACUUGCUGUUUUAAGGCAUAGGAAUUAGAGUGAAUGAUGUCGUCAUGUAUAAAAGCUGAGAAUAAAAGCCCUAGCUUUUAGAAAA